ACUGACAGAAUCCGACACCCAGAUAGAAUGGAUGGCUUAUCUUUCAUUUCCAAAUUCCAGCACAAGUGAAAAGUUGGAUGAGGAGAAAACACGCAAAAUGCGUCCAAUUAAACGUAAAAUAAAUUAAAGAAUACACGGAUUAUUUUAUUACGAAAAAAUCACCGAAGAAUUUGGGAAGUAAACGAAGCCGUUCGCACGUUCCAAACAACUCAACCAAUCGUAGCAGACAAUAAAGCAAAAUCGGCUGCGGUGGCCAUUUUGGAGUUCGAGAAGGUUUGUGCUGCUUGGAAAAUCCACCAGGAGCCUGCAACCGCAAAAAAGUUCAUCAUCCGGAGCUAAGCCUAUCGCAGGAUGGCUUGCGCAACAUUAAAGCGAACACACGAUUGGGAUCCGCUGCAUAGUCCAAACGGAAGAUCGCCCAAACGACGGAGAUGUAUGCCUUUGUCGGUCACACAAGCAGCGACUCCCCCAACAAGGGCACACCAAAUCAACCCUUCACCCUUCGGUGAAGUGCCACCGAAAUUAACUUCAGAGGAGAUAGCGGCCAACAUUCGGGAGGAAAUGCGACGUCUGCAGCGGCGCAAGCAGCUCUGCUUCUCGUCUCCCCUGGAGUCGGGCUCCCCGUCGGCGACUCCCCCUGCGGCCGAUUGCGGGCCAGCCUCCCCCACGGGCCUGUCCCCCGGGGGCCUGCUGUCGCCCGUGCGCAGGGACCAGCCCCUCUUCACCUUCCGCCAGGUGGGGCUCAUCUGCGAGCGCAUGAUGAAGGAGCGCGAGAGCCAGAUACGCGACGAGUACGACCACGUUCUGUCUGCCAAGCUGGCAGAGCAGUACGACACAUUUGUCAAGUUUACGUACGACCAAAUUCAGAAGCGGUUUGAGGGUGCCACUCCAAGCUAUUUGUCAUAACAUGAUGGGCAUCUGCAAACAAGCAAGGAACUUUGAGGGUUUGUGCUAGAAAGAAGAAACCCAUGGUGGGGAAGGACACAAGACCAACACUUAGACUCGGCAAGCAAGCCAGAUCCUGUGGGGUGCGGGGACGGGGGGAAUGAGCUCAGUGGUGUCUUCGGAGUUUUUUUUUUUCUUCUCCCUUUCCCUCGUCUUCUUUUUGGCACAAGUCUUUAUGGAACUGGUGUGCAUCCAUUCCCCGAAAGUGCAAGAGAAGGACUCGCGGCGGAUCAUCUACAGAGGAAGAAGUGUGUAUGCCUUUGUGCUUUGGGUCUCCUUUUUUUUUUUUUACCGUCUUGCCAUCUCGCCAUAGAAGACCUGUGAUCUAGCAAACAAAGGUGUGCGAAUGUUAUGCAAAGGUUGGAAGUCAGUUUGAAAGUGGAGCGAGAGAAAAUUUUGUAUGCCGAGUAUGGUUAGUCACCGUUUACUUUUCAGGAGGGGGAUGACUGAGGAACGGAGCCGCCGCAACUCUCGUUUGUCUUUUAUUUUUAGGAUACUUUCUCUGUGGCGAGAAUUUGUGCGUGCAUGCAAGUUAGCGAGGGUACAAGGAAAAGAAAGGUUAUAAAAUAUUCUGGGUGAGAGCUGUAGUUCAACUGGGGGGUGGGAUUGUAAAGACCCGCGGGUACCGAGAGGACCGCAUGCUCUGGCUAUAUUACUUGCAUUGAGGGGGAGGUGGAAUGCUGGACCUCGAGCAGAGCCAGCUAGUAUUUGGAAGGAAUAAAAACAAAUUGGCUUAGUGUACAGAUGUAUAAUAUAUAUGCACUACAGGGUGUGUGUGCCUCUUGUAUCUUCCCGUGCGUUGUGUCCCUCUUGCGGCUUGCCCAUCUGACAACCGCCUGUGUACAUAGGCCAACGCAAGUCUUCAGCAUGGCACCCUCUUCUUUUUCCUUUUUUUUUUUCCUCAUAAGUAAUUUUGAAGGAGAGAAUAUUUUGAUUUCUAAGACGCCCAAAACAUCAAGUGCUCUGGUGGUCGGAAUUCUACAAGUGCGAAAGUUCCUUUCUUUUUUUUUUUUUGUUUCGAGAUAGGAAUGGCUUCAGGUUGUGCUGCCUAUGCUUUGGCCACACUUUGGAACACCUGCAACAGCGAAUUAACUGGUGUAGGCCUGUGACACUUACACAGCCGUGUUUUUUUUUUUUUUUUGUAGCUUUGCAGUAAUAAAAACUUGUUAUGGAAAGAGUGCAUUAUGCUAUGGCAUUGUCUGCUGCUAUGCUUAUUGGAAUGCAUGCCUGAUGUGUGUUGUGCUUGAGGAUAGUGAAGUGGUAUUGCAGGGUUGGAAAGGAGCUUAGAAUGCCUUCUGGCUUUUGCAUAAGCGUGGCUUUGGGUGUCGUCUGAGCUUGUCAAUCACAGUGCAACAUGCACUUUGUCCAAUUGGUUUAUUGGGGACUGCUUUUGGGUGCGGAGUUUGACUAAUUUUUAGUAAUGCUUCAAAUGCAACGCUUCUGUGUUGAUCGCAGUUCAUCAACUCGUCGAUCAUUAUGCAUGUGAAAAACUGCUCACGUAAGCUGCAUGUUGUAUAUCACAGUUGCACUGAGGAAGCCUGGCUUAAGAUGGUGUGUGCAAGUGCUUGGCACACUGCGUAUUUUCCAGCAUAAAGCUGGUAGUGUACAGGUGCUGCUGUUAGUAGCAAACUUUCUGCCAUUGCUGCCACAAUUCAUGCAUGAAUGAGUGUUGGGGAGUAUGUUUCAUGGCCUGAAACUGAGGAUGCUAGUUUAUCUUUUCAAAACUGAUUUGAAGUACCAGUGUCCUAUAUUUUUGCCAUUGCAUUAAUAUGGAUCUUGCAUUGUUUACGGAAAAAAAGUGAUAACAUUAAUUAUGAAAGAUAUUAAGCGAGUUUAUUGACUUUUCCAGGAGAAUUUAGACCAGGAGGCACUACAUAGCCUGUGGUCUGCUUUGUUAUGUUGACUUGGUUUUUGUGGAAAUUAGUUCUAAAAGUUUACAAUUUUUUGGCAUGACUUGUUUGCAUUGCCAUUGUAAUUUGGCCAUUAUUAGAAUAAAGGCACUCUCUCAGUA